CUUCCUCCUCCUCCUCCUCCUCCUGUGCUGUGUCAGAGGGGCGUCUCCCGGUCGAUAUUACAGUCAAAGCUGCCUCUGUUUAUUCUGCACACCGACACAGGACUCUCUCAGCAGCCGCAGUCACAUCCAGAACAUAUCACUCAGCAAUAGACACUAUGGUGUACCAUCCUGAGUUUGAGAAGGCCGGCCAGCAGCCUGGACUACAGGUGUGGAGGGUCGAGAAAUUUGACCUGGUUGCUGUACCAGAGAACCUGUAUGGAGGGUUUUAUACGGGUGACGCCUACGUGGUCCUCAACACCAUCAAACAGCGCUCCGGUAACCUGCAGUAUGACCUGCACUUCUGGCUGGGUGAUUACUGCACGCAGGACGAAAGUGGAUCAGCGGCCAUAUUUACAGUGCAACUGGAUGAUCAUCUGGGCGGAAAACCCAUCCAGUACCGUGAGGUCCAGGGACACGAAUCUAAAACGUUCCUGGGCUACUUUAAGAAAGGUCUGCAGUACAUGAAAGGAGGAGUUGCUUCAGGGUUCAGCCACGUCGUCACCAACGAGGUAGUGGUUCAGCGUGUGCUCCAGGUCAAAGGUCGGCGUGUCGUAAGGGCUACAGAGGUGCCGGUCAGCUGGGACAGCUUUAACCAAGGCGACUGCUUUAUCCUGGACCUCGGCAACGAGAUCUACCAGUGGUGCGGAUCUAAGAGCAACCGCUUCGAGAAGCUGAAGGCCACUCAGCUUGCCAAGUCGAUCCGUGAUAACGAGCGCAGCGGGAGAGCCAGCGUGUACGUGUGCGACGAAGGUCGGGAACGGGAAAAGAUCCUCGAGGUUUUAGGAGAAAAGCCAGACCUGCCUGAAGGAACUGAUGAUGACCUCAAAGCAGAUGCGUCCAACAGGAAGCUGGCUAAACUGUACAAGGUUUCGGACGCUAGCGGAACUAUGGCUAUGGUCUUGGUGGCUGAUGAGAACCCUUUUACUCAGAGCCUUCUGGAGUCCACAGACUGCUUCAUUCUGGACCACGGUUCAGACGGAAAGAUCUUUGCAUGGAAAGGAAAGGAAGCCAACGUCGAGGAGCGCAAGGCAGCCAUGAAAGCAGCAGAUGGCUUCAUUAAGAAGAUGGGCUACCCUAAGCACACUCAGGUGCAGAUCCUCCCUGAGAUGGGCGAGACUCCGCUGUUCAAGCAGUUCUUCAAGAAUUGGCGUGAUGUGGACCAGACAGACGGCAUGGGCAUGGCGUACGUUUCCAACCACAUCGCCAAGAUCGAGAAGGUUCCGUUCGAUGCUGCCACUCUGCACGAUUCACCUGCCAUGGCAGCGCAGCACGGCAUGAUUGAUGACGGCAGUGGAGGGAAACAGAUCUGGCGUAUCGAAGGUUCCGACAAGGUUCCCGUUGACCCGUCUACAUACGGCCAGUUCUACGGCGGAGACAGUUACAUCAUUCUUUAUAACUACAAACACGGAGGCAGACAGGGAAGCAUCAUCUACAUUUGGCAAGGUGUGGACUCCUCACAGGAUGAAAUUGGCGCAUCUGCCAUCCUGGCCACACAGCUGGAUGAUGAACUCGGAGGUGGACCUGUGCAGGUGGCUGGUGCUCCUAUCACUACUCAGGUACGUGUGGUUCAGGGUAAGGAGCCAGCACACCUCAUUAGUCUGUUUGGUGGAAAGCCCAUGGUGGUGUACCGGGGAGGCACGUCCAGGGAAGGAGGUCAGACCCAACCUGCGCAGACUCGCCUGUUCCAAGUGCGCUCCAGCACGGCGGGAUGUACCCGGGCUGUGGAGGUUGAAGCUGUUUCCUCAAACCUGAACUCCAACGAUGUCUUUGUCCUGGUGACCCCAUCAGGCAGCUUCAUGUGGGUCGGUGUUGGUGCCAGUGACACCGAGAAACAGGGAGCACGGGAGCUAUGCGGUAUACUCGGGGUCACCACCUCUGAGAUUGCAGAGGGUGGAGAGAGCGGUGACUUCUGGGCAUCUCUGGGAGGAAAGACAGAGUACCGCACAUCAUCCAGGCUGAAGGAUAAAAUGGACACUCACCCACCCAGACUGUUCGCCUGCUCCAACAAAACCGGCCGCUUCAAUAUUGAGGAGGUACCUGGGGAGAUGACUCAAGAGGAUCUGGCAACAGAUGAUGUCAUGAUCCUGGAUACAUGGGACCAGGUGUUUGUAUGGAUCGGUAAUGAGGCACAAGAGGAGGAAAAGACUGAGGCAGUGGCUUCAGCUGCCCGGUACAUCGAGACAGACCCGGCCAACCGAGACCGCCGUACUCCUAUUGUGAAGAUCAAGCAGGGCUUUGAACCUCCCACGUUCACCGGCUGGUUCCUGGGCUGGGACCACGACUACUGGAGCAGCGACCCUCUGGACCGCGCCAUGGCCGAGCUCCAGAUUUGAACCCUCUGCCUUAUUAAGGUUGCAGUGGAAGUUGCCCUUUGCCACUGAUUGCAAUAUUUCCAUCGGGGUAUUUGGGAGUUCAGUGUAAAAAGGCAACUUGUCCAUGCCGAACCUCAUCUGUAGUCAGAAGCUUUAAAUUUCACUUGCACUUUUUUACUGCGUUUUAAAAGUAGGCAUUGUAUAUCUAACUGUAUUUAAGUGCUAGGCUGUUAUUUCUAAAGUAGAUCAUGUAUCUGAGGCGAACCAUUUUUCUUCUUCUUUUUUUUUUUUUUUCAUUUUUCUGCCUCUUUCAGUCCGUCUGGAAAAACAGACCGAAAACAAAUCGGAUCAGAAUUUGUGAUGUUUGUGAUUCGCAGAUAUUGCUUCUAAAAAGGGUCUCAAAUUAUGAAUCGCCAAGGAAUUAAGAAUGGUUAUGACUGUUUAAUGAGGUUUUUUUUUCCAAAUAUAUUGUUACUUGUUAGAUUAACAAAGUAGUUCUACUGAGGCAAAAAAUUCCUGAAAGUGUGUUUUUAAUAAAAAUGACACUCUGGUUCUUCCUGUACGUUUGCAUAUAGUUUGUGUUCACAUUCGAGCAGAUUUGUAAAGGAGUUUAACCGCAAUAUUAUCUUGCUUAGAUUGCACUUUCUUGUCACUGGAUUCAGAGUUGAAAUAAAAUGCAGGUGUGCAUUAAAUAUGUAGUGCCUCAAAAAUAGCAAUAAACAAACAUCAUCAUA